AUGAAGAAUAGUAGUCUGAACCCGCUACUGGACUACAAGAAUGAGGGCUCAAGCGCCGUUCUUACAUCAAAGGCCACCCUGAAGACUUCUGCUUCGCUUGGGCCUAAUCAAUUCUCCAGUAAAACUGCUCUGCCCCCACCUCUCAAGACUGCAGCUUCCGUUGCCGUCAUUGAAGCUUCGAAUAGCGGCAGAUCCUCCGAUAGAUCCAUUAGCGGCAGGUCUACAAGGUCCAAUAGCGGCAGGUCUACGAAAAAGUCGAAUAAUACUGGAUUAGCUGAUGCCCUCUCCAAUUCAGAAAGAAGACAGCUAAGAUCUUUGAAAGACGACCGAACGGGAGAACUGAAACGAACAUUAUCCCUACAAGAAGAUUCUCAGCGCAGGAAUCGGAAUAUUGAGUCCUUGACCAUCAACAAGUUACAUUACGAUGAUAUUGGAGUAUUGGGACGAGACAAAGAAUUAGGGGUCCUGAAAGCAUGCUUGAAACGGCUGAUUCUGUUAUCCCAGACGUUUGCGUUCAGUGCUGUUUCGUUUUCCGACUUUACUGAAUCCAUGGAAUUUCAUGAAGAGGAGACUAAUCAUAAAACUUUUAAAGAAAUGGUCUGGAUUAAGGGGUAUUCAGGAGCUGGAAAGUCGACUUUGGUGAGAUCCCUCGAAAAGGCUGUCGUCCAAAACCCAAGAGGAAUCAUGGUGGAAGGAAAAUUCGAUGUAAAAGGGAGCGAUCAACCAUAUUCUGGGAUACUGGAGGCCUUUGGCCAAAUAUUUCAAAAACUUGCAGGACCAUCAAACGAUGGCCGAAGCUCUGGUGCGAGAGUCUCAAUGCGAAGGUCCUCUGUGACGAGACGACGGUCGGGAGAUAGAAAAAAGUUGAAACAAGGAAAGGGGAUGAGUCGGAAGGAGAUCGAGACAAUGCGUCAGGAGAUUGCAGAUGGGUUGAAAAUGGAACUCGGGGAUGAACUGCAAUUACUUGUCAAAAUGAUUCCUUUCCUGGACACCGUUGUGAAUCGGAAACGGAAAGUCACCGUCAGUUCCUCACAGAAGAGCAUCGUGAGUACCGUGGGUACUGAUGAGGGCGAAAAUUCCGAAAGCAAUCACGAUGACCUGAAUGAUGGAUACGGAGCGGGACAAGAACGAAUAAAAUUUGCGUUUCGAAUACUGAUGCGAGUGGUGAGCUCGUAUUUCAGUCCUUUGGUUCUGGUGCUGGAUGACUUACAGUGGUCGGAUGUAGCCUCAUUAGAGGUUAUAGACUAUCUCAUUUCGGACAAACACAACCCGAAUGCUAUCAUGGUUAUCGGAUUAUAUCGUUCCAAUGAGGUCGAUGAUACGCAUAUUCUCACGCAUAUGAAAAAAGGUUUGAAUGAGAAAAUGGUCAAAUCUCAGUUCCACAUGACACAUAUCGAAGUUGGCAACUUUUUUCCUGCGGAUGUGAACAGAGUCAUUAUGAAAAUGCUCGACGUUGAUGACCCAAAAAUGACGAGGGGUCUUGCCGAUAUUUGUCAUAAGCGAACACUUGGCAAUCCAUAUUUUGUGGUGGAAUUCAUCACUAUGUUGAAAGAUGAAGGACUACUCGAAUUCAAUUUGGGUUUGCUCAAGUGGGUUUGGGAUGAAAAAACGAUAGAGAGCGCGACUGUAUCGACCGACAAUGUGGUUGAUCUGGUACAAGGGCGUAUGAUAAAGUUGGAACCAGAUCAACUUUUGACAUUGCAAUAUGCAGCUUGUUUGGGAGCCACGUUUGAUCGUUCGGCAUUGGAAUUAAUUUGGUCGAAACAUUCUGGUAUCGACUUCUCAGAGCUGGCAGCAGCGGGCGUCGACGUGUUAGGAGAAAUACUAACCUCACUUCAGAACCAGAAGUACAUCGAGGAAUUGGAUGAGUUCAGUUAUAGGUGGGUCCAUGACAAAGUGCAAGAGGCUGCGUUAUCAUUGAUUGGAUCCUCCAAGCCAAAGUUUCAGUUUGAAAUUGGAUGCAUUUUGUACAAUAACUUGGAGGAGGACGAGUUGGAUGAGUCACUUUUCACCGUUGUUGAUUUGAUCAACUCCAUGGAAGUAAAACGCAGGCCGGAUUUUGCGUCUCUGAACUUGCGAGCUGCACAAAAGGCCAAGGGUAUUUCAGCCUUUAGUAGUGCUGCAUUGUAUGUGUCUCAUGGAGUGCAGUAUCUUCCGACUGACAAAUGGAGAUGUCAUCGAAAGUUGACAGUAAGACUGUACACGAUGGGAACCGAGAUGGAACUUGCAUUUGGAAAUGUGGACGUUAUGAAUGAAUACUACCAGGAAUUGAUGGCGCAAGAUGAUUGUACCACUUUGGAGAAGCUGCCGUUGUAUGUUGCAAAGCUCCACAAGCUUUCGUCGAUCGAUCUCCAGUAUACAGAGUCUAUCAAUUUCAACCUGGACAUUCUGCACCAGUUCGAGUGCGAUCUGAUAUGGAAAUGGAACCCACAAACAAUUAAGGCACAAGCAAUUCAAAAAGUAGUGACGACAAGGAAGAUGUUGAAGCAGAUAUCGAAUGAGUUUCAUGAAAGACAGCCCAUUAUGACCGAUCCGACAAAAAGGGCAAGUAUGCUACUCCUGUCGAAGCUGUUAUAUUCGUGCUAUAUCGCAGAUCAGCAUUGGAUUGGAGUACUCUGCGCAACCAAAAUGGUCAGGAUGACGGUGAAAUACGGAGUUCAUGACGCUUCUGGUUCAAGUUUUGUUGCUUUCAGCACUUUACUCCGAGAAGUCUAUAGGGCUGGAAACGAAGCUGCUUCGCUUGCCGACACGGGUCUGAAGUUGCAAAAUCGUGUUGAAAAUCAUUUCACACUAGCCAUGACGCUCUACAUUUCUCAGAGUUUUGUGUUUGCUUGGAGAAAGCCUCUGACGACAUGCUUGGUGCCAUAUAUGGAAGGCUUCAUCGCGGGUAUGCGUUCUGGAAACAUUGAGUUCGGGCUCUGGUGCCUUGUCAACCAUCACAUUGUGAUUGCUCACCAACUUGGCAAGCCACUUGGGCUGAUUCUUGCACGGUGUCCCAACUGCUUGUACCAAAUGGAAGACAUGAAGCAACAAUUACAGGCUUACUUUGUUAAGGUGCAAUGGCAGAUGAUGCUGAAUCUGCAGGGAGAAGAAGCAGAAACCACGGAGCUGAAGGGCGAAAUAUUUGAUAUGGAAUCAUUUCCACCCGAGUCCGCCAUGCAGAAGAGUUUCACCUACUUUGCCCAACUGGAAUUGUUUGUCUACUAUGGGGAAUACGAGGCUGCAGCAAAUCUGGUAAUCGAAGAAGGAAAUGUGUUUGAGAGUAGUGGUGUUAAAGAUUCUUUUGCCCAGACGGAGGCCUUUCAUCGAGGUUUGGCAUUCUAUGCUAUGGCACGAAAGACCAAGCAAAGAAAGUACAAACAACGCGCCAACAAAGUCCGGCAAACGAUUGAAAAGUGGUGCAAAGACGGGUGUCCCAACGUUGACCAUUUUCUUGGACUGUUGAAUGCUGAACAAGCUUCCUUGGACAACAAGCACAGAAAAGCAGAAGAACUGUACAAAUCUGCCAUUAUCAAGGCAGCACGUCCAGGAUUAUCACAUGAUGCUGCCCUCUUCAGCGAGCGAUAUGCCGACUUUUUGAGACAGCCUCUUUUGUAUUGCCAAGAUCUGCAGGAUGAUGCCAAGUAUCGUACCCAGGAAGCAAUUCGGUACUACACUGAAUGGGGUGCGAUGAGAAAAGCUUCCAUGCUGCAGAAGAGUGUGAAUGAUGAUUUCCAACCACAGUAA